AAAAGAGCGCCAUUUCUUCAACAGCAGCUAGUAUUAAAAACGCUUAUGCGAAUGUUUUUGCACAUUUGAUUUUGCCGAAGCAGUUAAAAAAGAAGUCGAAGCGGACCAUUGAUUGCGUUCGGUUUUUCAUUAAAAGUUUUUUUUUUCCUGCAAUUUGUUUCUUUUUUCAUUUAUUUUCUCUAGUUAGUCAAUUUAAUUUAUUGCAAUUGUACAAUUUUGUUGGUAGCUUUGUGAUUCAUUUGAGUGUGUUUUUUUUUGUCUGUUGAAACGGUGACAAAUAAUUUCUGCUGUAUCUAAGCUAUUAGACAAUAGAGCAAAAAAUGGCAACAGAACAAGAUAUUCCAACAUUCAAAUGUGUUCUUGUCGGUGAUGGUGGUACUGGCAAAACAACCUUUGUCAAACGUCACAUGACUGGUGAAUUCGAAAAGCGUUACGUAGCCACACUUGGUGUUGAAGUCCAUCCACUCGUGUUUCACACAAAUCGUGGUCCAAUCCGUUUCAACGUCUGGGAUACUGCCGGUCAGGAGAAAUUCGGUGGUCUUCGUGAUGGUUACUACAUCCAAGGUCAAUGCGCUGUUAUCAUGUUUGAUGUAACAUCCCGUGUUACCUACAAAAAUGUACCAAAUUGGCAUCGAGACUUGGUGCGUGUGUGCGAAAACAUCCCAAUUGUAUUGUGCGGCAACAAAGUCGACAUCAAAGAUCGAAAAGUCAAGGCCAAGAGCAUCGUUUUCCACAGAAAGAAGAAUCUUCAAUACUACGACAUUUCGGCCAAAUCAAACUACAACUUCGAGAAGCCAUUCUUGUGGUUGGCCCGUAAAUUGGUCGGUGAUCCAAAUCUAGAAUUCGUCGCAAUGCCCGCUCUAUUGCCACCAGAAGUUAAAAUGGACAAAGAAUGGCAAUUGCAAAUUGAAAAGGAUCUGCAAGAAGCCCAGGAAACCGCAUUACCAGAAGAGGAUGAAGACUUGUAAACAACAGUUUGCCACCAUAACAACAGCAACCAACAACCCCGAUGCAACGUGUAUCAAUCACGGCCACAAUUUCAAAACGCCUUUAUAUUUCAUUAUCAUAUGAUUAAAAAAAAAAAUAAAAAAAAAAACAAAAUAAAAUCAACAACAACACACUAUCGAGAAAAGUAAAAAAAAACACUCAACAACAAUAAUCGCCGAAAACCAAAAUUAAAAAGAAAUCUACUUGAAUGACACUACUUAAUAUUGCGUGAGAUUAGUACGUUUUUUUGGGCAUAAAAUGUGUUGCAUGCCAACCAAAUUCAUUUCCAGCAUCAAAUAUUGCCAAUCAAUUUUUGGCGAUUCUAUUCUGUAAUAUUCAAUUCAAGUGUAACGCGGGACUAUACAAAAACAAAAUUAUAAAAAGGAGAAGAAAAAAAACUUGAAAACUGUUGUUAACUCAUACAUUUAAAAUAAAACAAUUAAACGAA